AUGUCAGCCCCCAACCAAUCCAACACCAACUCUUUGCCUUUUCUCCUGGUGGGCAUCCCUGGGCUGGAAACUCUCCACAUCUGGAUUUCCAUCCCAUUCUGCUUUAUGUACAUCAUGACCUUGCUGGGAAAUGGCAUGGUCCUUCUCACUGUAGGUCUGGAGGAAAGCCUCCAUGAGCCUAUGUACUACUUCAUGUCCAUGCUGGCUACCAUCGACCUUGUCUUCUCAACUGCUGUGGUUCCCAAAAUGCUGGGUGUAUUCUGGCUGGGUGCAAGAGAAAUUCCUUUUGAGGGCUGCUUCGUCCAGAUGUUUUUCAUCCACACGUUCACGGCGGUGGAGUCGGGAGUGCUCCUGGCCAUGGCCUUUGAUCGCUACGUAGCCAUCUGCAAUCCCCUGAGAUACACCACCAUCCUGACGAGUUCAAGGACCACCCAGAUAGGACUGCUGUCUCUAGCCAGGGGGGUUGCUGUCAUGAUCCCGUUGAUGGGCCUUCUCACUAGCUUACCCUACUGCAAAGCAAGAGUCAUCCCUCACUCCUACUGCGAGCACAUGGCCGUGGUGGAGCUGGCCUGCGCCGACCCAUCCAUCAGCAAUCUCUACAGCGUCAUCGUGGCAACACUCUUGGUGGGGUCAGACUCCGCCUUCAUCACCUUCUCCUAUGGUAUGAUCCUCAGGUCUGUGCUAAGGCUGCCAUCCAGGGAGGCACGCCUCAAGGCCCUCAGCACCUGCGGGUCCCACGUUUCCAUCAUCCUGGUGUUUUACAUAGGUGGCCUCCUCUCCAUGUACCUGCAGAUGUUUUCCUUUGGCUUGCACCCUCACACUCAAGUCUUGGUGGCUGACUUCUAUUUGACAGUCCCUCCGAUGAUCAAUCCACUCAUUUAUGGCAUGAAGACAAAGCUGAUCCGGGAACGGAUCCUGAAACUCCUGGAGCAGUUGGCAGGACUCAGGAUCUCACCUGCUGAGAAGGACAGGGCAGAUCCUGAGAAAGGGAGGCUCUCCUAG